UUCAUGAAAACUGAAUAAAGAGAGAAAUAAGUGUAUAUUCGCAUAAUUAGACUGUUAUUAGUUACCGGUGAGCCGUACAUGUGAGGAAGCACCUGAAGGUUGCAUUCCAUAUGCGCGUUUUAAGUGCUUCGCCUGUUGGUGGCGGUAUUGCACAGUUAGGCUGCUGUUGCGGCAAGACAGAAGAAGAAAGACGGAAGUGUGUGUGUGUGUCAAACAGCGGCAUGUUGUUGAGGAGAAUGUGAACUUCUCUCAUCUUCCCUUUGUAUAAACUUUCUGCCAUGACGUUUUUCUUCAGAAGAACAAAGUUUCACAUCUGAUUGAGUCAUUUCUCUUCCAGUCUGUGGCUUUUAUUCAUGGAAAUGGCGUCUGACAGACAUCACUGCUCGUGUUGUUCGCACCCAGCCUCCUCUCCCAGUGUUUACCAGACGAUACAUGAAAUGGAUUUUGAACGAGGUAUCUGGUCUGCUGCAGUGGAUGGAAACUUGGACAGGGUUGUGUCAAUAGUCCAGAAGGGCACAGACCCAAACCUGAGAGACUCAUCUGGAUACACAGCCCUGCACUAUGCAAGUCGAAGCGGUCAUUUUGCUGUAUGCAAAUUCCUACUUGAGAGCGGAGGCUGUGCGUCUCCUCAGACACCAGGUGGUGCCACACCUCUGCACAGAUCGGCUUACUGCGGCCACCUGGACGUCGUUGGACUCCUCCUGCGACACCAGGCAGAUCCGACGGUUUGCGACGAUGACGGCGCGUCCCCUUUACACAAGGCUGCAGAACGGGGUCACGAGGAGGUGUGUCGGCUGCUUCUUGAACACUGUCCAGCACUUUGCAGCCAGAUGAACAAGAGGCUCCAGCUCCCCCACCAGCUGGCACAACAGGGAGCUCUGCAGGAGCUCUUAAAGGCACCGCGGUGACGACGGCGGCGGCGACCACGCUGCGUCUGGAACAUGCCGAGAUGUGAAGAUCAAACGACGUGAAUUUAAAACAUGCCAUUUGAUGGCCACAUAGGUCACGGUGACCUGAAUGGGGACUGGAUUCAAACCCAUUUUCCUCCAUUAAACAUCAGCAUUGAGCCACUGAAUGAAACAAGGUAAUGAUGUUGCGUAGCCCGUACCGCGAACAUCACUCUGUUUCUGAGUGUUUUGAUCGUUUGAUUUUCCUAUGCUAUUUCAAAUAACAUUAUUUAUUACACAUUUCCCUUUUAUUUCAAAGGAAUAAACUAAUAAUGAAGUUUCA